ACCAGGUCGACGAGGCUGUAUGAAGUAUUUCUCUCCGUGAGCCUACAAUAAGUGCCGCAGGGAUUUGACGCCUUCAAAGUCCCAGCCCAAAUCAAGCUGAACGUCCGUCCUUCUCACAUGGCCACGCCAGUCUGGCCAAGUGAUGCCGACUAGGACGCUCCCACCAGAUUUACCAGCCUAGCGAUGGACAAGCGAAGGGGCGAAAAGACCCCAAAGCGCGUCGUAAUUGCCGUCUCUCGUAAAAGCCCGCACUGGGCCAAGGCGUGGGUCUCUGGCGAGGAGCUGAUUGCCCUCGCGCUGAGGCUGAUGGAGGAGAAGCACCUUAUCUCACCCAAUAUCACCACCCCAAACGACCCUGAUGCGGUCAAGCUUCUGGCAACGGAGAGAUGGGACACACGCACGUACAUCGUCUUCGAUGUCUUCCACGACACCUACGAUACCGACACGGCGCAUGUUCCAGGUGAAGACGACUUGCCUGUCAUCUCGGUCUUUCUCAGCCAGAAGGAGAGCGCAGGCAUUGCGGGCAGGCCAAUGGCAAACAAAGUUGACAGUGAUAUCAGAGCUCUUCAUAACUCCACGGGUCCGGGCAGCAGGCCGCCGUUCUUUGUCGACCACGCUGAUGGUAAAGUCCCGUUCUAUCCGGAUCCGCGUACUUCUUGCAAACCAAGUACUGUGUUCCGAUGGCGGGGGGAGAAGGACAACAGUUGGCGUAUUGCGCACGGGAGCUCAGCGUUAGCACGCACGGAUAAAGCAUCUUAUGUGACGACUAUUGGAAGAUAGAUCGGAUAGCAAUAUGAC